AUGCGUGUGGUCCUUGUCAGCGGCGGUGUCAUCUCUGGCAUUGGAAAAGGAAUCAUCGCUUCUUCGGCCGGUCUCCUGCUCAAGACGGCUGGUCUCAAGGUCACGGCUAUUAAGAUCGACCCGUAUCUCAAUGUCGACGCCGGCACCCUGGGUCCCCUCGAGCAUGGGGAGUGCUUUGUGCUCGCUGACGGCGGAGAGUCCGACCUUGACCUGGGCAACUACGAACGGUAUCUCGGUAUCACGCUGACCCGCGAGAGCAAUAUCACGACCGGCAAGAUCUACCAGUCCGUCAUUGAGAGGGAACGACGAGGAGACUACCUGGGCCGCACCGUGCAGGUCGUCCCUCACAUCACAGACGCCGUCCAGGAAUGGAUAACCAGGGUCGCCAAGAUACCCGUCGAUGACUCUGGCGAAGCCCCAGAUGUCUGCAUUAUCGAGUUGGGUGGUACGAUUGGUGACCUCGAAUCCGGACCCUUCGUCGAAGCCUUAGUGCAGCUCAGGCACAGACUGGCCAGAGAGCCUGAUUCGUCCUUCUUCAAUAUCCAUGUCUCAUUCGUGCCACUCAUCCACGGAGAGGAGAAGACCAAGCCUACUCAGCACGCGAUCAAGCAAAUGCGAAGUGCUGGCAUGAUCCCGGACCUGAUCGCUUGCCGGUGCGACAGCACUCUCGAUGACUCCACUAUCCGCAAGAUCGCGUCGAGCUGCCAGGUCGACUACGAGCAGGUGAUUGGCGUGCACGACAUGGAGACUAUCUACCAAGUCCCGCUCCUCCUACACGAACAGGGACUGCUGCAGCUACUCCGAAGGGGACUGGAACUUGACAAACUCACGCUGGCUUCUGAGAACAUCACCAAGGGCAAGUCUCUGUGGGAGCUGUGGAAAAAGACGGUCAUCAUCCCCACAGACUAUGCUCCCGUGGAGAUUGCCUUGGUAGGAAAGUAUACGCAGCUGAUGGAUUCGUAUCUCUCGGUCGUCAAAGCGCUGGAGCAUGCGGCCAUGCGAUGUAACCGAAAGCUGAACCUGAUAGUAGUGGACUCGGACCACCUGGACGAGGCUACGCAAAGGGAGGAUCCGGCCAAGUACGAGCAGGCCUGGAGCUCGGUCAAGAAAUCGCAAGGCAUCAUCAUCCCCGGCGGCUUUGGUACGCGGGGUACAGAAGGGAUGAUAGCUUGCGCUCGGUGGGCCCGGGAGAACAAGCGUAACUACCUGGGUAUCUGCUUGGGCAUGCAGAUCGCCACCAUUGAGAUUUCCCGAUCUCUCUGUGGCCGUCCCAAGGCAACAUCGGAGGAGUUUGACAAUGCUUCGUCGAUGGAUCCACAUAACUGGGCAGUCGUGUUUAUGCCCGAAUCAUCCAAGGAGCAGUUGGGUGGCACCAUGAGACUCGGCACGCGAGCAACAUACUUCCAGCCCGGCAGCGAAUGGAGCAAGUUGCGAGCCCUCUAUGGCGGUGUAUCGGUUGUGGAAGAGCGCCACCGACACCGCUACGAGGUCAACCCGGACCACAUCGAAGAACUCGAGAAGGCCGGCUUCUGCUUCGUUGGCAAGGACGAGACGGGCAGGCGAAUGGAGGCCUUCGAGCUCAAAGACCACCCGUACUACGUUGGACUGCAAGCCCAUCCCGAAUACACCAGCAAGGUGACGCAGUGUUCCCCGCCCUUUUUGGGCCUCGUGGCAGCUAGUGCAGGUAUGCUAGACGCCAUCACCAAGGAGGUGCAACAGCAAAAGGGACCUGCCAGGGGUCCGAGUGACCAUGCGCAAUUCUAG